UUUAAUACGAAUUAAGAAAACUUCAGACGAAACUGAGAAAAAUUCAAUUUAAUUGGUUCAAAUUCAUCCUAAGUUGACUCGAUUUCUCUCGGAAAGUUUCGUUUUUGAAUCGAUUUCUGAAGAUUUGAUUUUGAGAUUAUUAGUUGUGAUUAGGGCUUUAGCCAGUUUUUGAGGUGAAUUUACUACAAUUUCCAUGGAAGACGAACCAGGAAGCGAAAGUGAAGGAGACACCAUAGUAGCUUCACCACUUGCUAAAUGGAGAAUCGAAUUCUCGAGAUCGUUUCAGAAUUACAUUGACAGAUCUGCUCCUAACCUUGUUCGAAGAUGGCUUGUGACUUUACUCGCUGCUGUGAUCUAUAUCUAUAGGGUUUACUAUGUUUAUGGUUACUUCGUAAUCUCUUAUGGUUUAGCUACUUACAUCUUAAACCUCUUGAUUGGUUUCCUCUCCCCUAAGGUUGAUCCUGAGCUUGAAGCUUUGGAUCCUGAUUCUUUGCCUACUGAUGAUUCUGAUGAGUAUAAGCCUUUUGUUCGUCGUCUUCCUGAGUUCAAAUUCUGGUAUGCAGCGACUAAGGCCUUUGUUGUUGCAUUUGUGAUGACUUUCUUCUCAUUCUUGGAUGUACCUGUGUUCUGGCCCAUCUUGUUGUGUUACUGGUUGGUUCUGUAUUCUCUUACUAUGAAACGCUUAAUUGUGCACAUGUUCAAGUAUAGAUACUUCCCUUUCGACGUUAGAAAGCCCUUAAAGCUGUUCAAGAUGCUUGCUGAUAGUGUCCUGUCCUUUUUAAGAAUCAAGAGGGAUGAUGGUGGAAAUGAUGCUCCAAGUAGCAGCAAUUCAUCUCAUGGAAAUGAAAAACAGGAUUAGAUAUGAACCUGAUCUGUACGUGUUGGGAGGCGAAGCACACGAAAAAGAUACGAACUAAGAAGAGAAGAAUAUCAAGUAAAUUGUACUUUAGGCCUGCUGGUGAACUAGGAAAACAAAGUUCUUGCAGCUUAAUAGAAGUAAGAAAUCUCUUUGAUGUUUGAGUAAUCUCUUGCAAUUUUCUGGUUUUCCAUUGUAAUGUGUAACACUGUAUUUACAAUUAUACGUUUAAAUAGAUUUGGGAAAUCACAGGUAUGAAUGAAAAAGCGUUCUUGACUAUA